AUGAGCGUGGGCGAUGCAGAAGUGUCGGUGCCGGACCUUGUGGCCGGGAGGGGCUACGUCAAAGUGAUUGAUGGAGAAAUCAACAGACGCGAAGCCUCCUCUCCCUCCGCAGGGCCCGAGUUGACGCAAACUGUUAAAAUCCACCAACCAAUUAAAUUGCCACCAAUCGACAUACCAUCUUUUAAUGGUAAGUUUACAGAUUUUGUACCGUUUAUAAAUUUGUUUAAUUCUUUGAUUGACAAAAACGAUGCACUUGAUAAUGUUCAAAAACUGUAUUACUUACGAUCACACCUGAAGGGUGAACCGCUAGAAUUAAUAAAAAACCUGCCAAUGGCUAGCAGUAGUUACAACGAAGCUACAACAUUAUUGUAUAAUAGGUAUAACAAUAAAUUGAAAAUUGUAAACGACCAUAUUUGUACAUUGCUUGACUUAAAGCCAUUGAUGAGAUCAACGUCAACCAGUCUAAGAGAGUUCAUCUCAUCUGUUAGACAACAGUUAGCGGCUCUAGCCAACUUAGAACCCUCUGUCAAAUUUUGGGAUGCUAUAAUAUUAUGUGUACUUUCUCGAAAAUUAGAUACAUACACUGCCAGAGCUUACCACCUGGAGCGGGACACCAACACAGAUCCAACUAUAUCCAGCUUCCUGGACUACCUGGAAAAGCGUGCGUUGGCCCUGGAAAAUGCUGAGCCGGGGAUGUCAGGUCAACUUCGCCCGUCUGCCACCAACAAGACUGUGCUGGUAGCAACCGAAAAAAUACAACAGUGUGAUCUAUGCAUUGAUACUGACGGGUCCGGCAUACCAGCCUUUGAGCCAACAGCGAACGACUGGCAGCCAGCAGAAGAGGGAUGCAGAAACUCUGCAGCCUGA